AUACUUAAGUUCAUUAAUUGGGAAUCAUAGGAUUCAUGAGUACAGUCAUGCAACUACAGUCCCGGAUAAUCUUUCGAGAUUUGACUGAAUCGGAAUUUUCCGCAAAAAUUCAAAAUUCAUUGUAAAAAGUAUAAAAUAGAGAUGGCAGCUAAGCCACUUUCGCCCGAGUUCCAAAGCUUGCUGGACAUGGCCAUCAGCUCAUCAAAACAACGCUACACAGAGAAGGAGAGCGUUAAAAACACCGUGUUUUUCAUCGGUAACAAAGGCGGGGGCAAAUCAACUCUAAUAAAUCUUCUACUGGAUCGAAAUGAAAAUACGAAGCCAACGCUAGCCAUGGACUAUUAUUUUGGACGCAGAUCGAGCCGCUCAUUGUGGAGCGACGUGUGCCACAUAUUUGAACUUGGAGGCGGCACAAUGUACACGGACCUGCUUACUGCUCCGAUCUCAACUGCUAGCGUUGAACAUCUGACUAUUUUCCUAAUUCUGGAUUUAUCACAACCAAGUGAGAUGUGGGACACUAUAGAAUGCGUGGCUAGUGACGUCCGGAAACUAGUAAAAACUGCAGCAAAGACGGAGUAUAAAGUCAGUCAAAUAAAAGAGGCUGCAAAAGCUAGGCUCGGACAAAACUUUGAAGGAGAGCCCUUUAUUGAGCCAUUUCCUGUUCCACUGGUCAUCAUUGGCACCAAAUAUGAUGUGUUUGAGACAUUUGACAGCGAGAAGAAAAAUGUAAUUUGCCGCUGCCUUCGAUUUGCUGCUUUAUCUCUUGGCGCUUCUCUUUACUUCAGCACGACCAAAGAUGCAGCGGUUAUGAAAAAAAUCAGGGAGAUGCUGGUGGUCCAAUCAUUUGAAACUCAAUCACCCAAGUACACUUGUCAAGACGUGAGCAAGCCACUGGCCAUUCCUUGCGGUAAAGACUCCGUGCAGCUGAUUGGAGGACCUGGCACCACGGUCAACUUCAAAAACUGUGUCACAGCUUUAACUCGUUGGAAGCAAACAUGCAUGGCCCUCUAUCCAAAUGAUGAAAAAGCAGCUGUGGGCAUUAACGUUGACCCAGCUAGAGAUCCAAACUAUUUUGAGCCGGAAAUUGACAGCCUUCGAGAACAAAAGGAUGUGGAACUCGACAAAUACAAGCAGCAAGUAUUUUAUAACAGAAGAAGAGACGGGAAAAAAGAGCCAUAAAUUUUGGCUUUAAAAUUAAAGAAAUUUCCGUCCAAACUUAAAAAAUGUGACCUUAAAGCACCGUGUCUUGAAAUGUAUUUAUCUGUCUGAUGCAUCAAUUAAGUAUGAUUUCUUCUGAUUUGGGGAAAUAAUGUCGGUU